CGUUUCUUGACAGUAUGUGUGACUGUUUUGGUGAGAGGAGUGCAGUGACAUAAGGCAGAAUAAGAUUUGUAAAUGUGUGGUUCAUUAUUUGCAAGUGAUGAACGGAUAUCAUCAUGUAGAAGUUGCGAUUCAGUUCACAAGAAAUUUAAUGACCUCAGAUGAAAGAAAAUGUUUACAUGUAAGAUGUGUGUGAAGGACAUAUUAAUUUUUCAUCAUGGAGCAUCAUAAUUUAGCAAUGUUUCUGCUUUGAUUACUCCAAAGAAAUGACGGAGCUCGGUGGCAGGUUCAGCAGUGCAAAAGCGGCAGACUAUGAUCGGCAGUUUGAGGAAGACCUUGAACGUGCCAGAGCACUUAGUCUUGAAAGUUUAGCAUUGGAAAAAUUUAGGCAACAGAAGGAGCUUGAGAAAUUCAGAGUGAAAACACAAAGUGUGCCAAUAACAGAAACUGAACUUACGGUACCAACUGCUGAUGGAAUGCCAGUGCAGCAAAUGGAAUGUACAGAGAUAAAGUCACGGCCCCGGCCCGGCUCCUUCAACACUGGUCGGCCCCGAGUGCCAAGAUUGCCACCGCCUCCCCCUGCAGUACAGCGUCGUAACAGCACGACAAACUCUUCAGUGGAUGACAGGAGUGAUUCACAGGACCUGAUAUCAUUUAGCAGCCCAUCGCCUCCAGAUCGAAGUAGCUGCGGUCUCGAUCUCGAAUCUCUGGUGUCAGACACCGACCGGCCUACCUUCGAACGUAGCCAGAGUGUUGUUCCACAGAUGAGACUGUCUUCAUCAUCGAGUGUAUCAUCACCUUUUGUACCAUCCAUUCCGCAUGGAUAUCCAAAAUGUGGUUCUAAAGCAGAUACUAUACAUUCAUAUCACCCUUUGCAGCACUCACCUCAGCAACAAAGCCAUUUACAGCCAAGGUCAGGGUUUCUUGGUUUUUCCUACAGAACAGCAUUAUCUGAAGAUAGCCCUGUUUAUAACACAGUCAUUCCUGUAGUAAACAAGUCAGAUUUAUCUGUGCAGCAAGUGUUUGAUCCAGUGAGAACUUUUUCUCAAGCAGUACCUGGUGUCCAUAAAGGUGUGUCAGGAACUGGAGAUUCAUCAAAUUUCAAUGUUCUGAAGGUCAUAGAGAAGAAAGACAAUAGUAACUUAAUUGACCUCCAGUCAUAUGACAGCAAGGAAGAGGAAUGUGUAGACAAAACAUUAGUGAGAGUUAGUGUCCUUGAAGCAUUUGACCCAUUAUUGAGUGAUGUUCAUGUCAAGUACAAUGAAUUCAACAGAACUUCUGAAACAGAUAUGUCAGGCGCUGAUUCAAAAAAUGCGGUGGACGAUACAGAGUCACAAUGUUCGGGCAGCUAUUAUGACGCUUAUGAUCCUUUCGACUACAUGCAUGCUCCAUCAUGUGAUGGCUCUCAGUCAGAUCCAGUAUAUGCAGCUGUUGUGAAAGAGAAGGCCCCAGCUACAGUCACAACACCACCACCACUGCCACCACGUAGCUCAGCUGCCUGGAGUACAAUUGAAAGGAGAAGGUCCUCUCUUGAAAGAAGGACAAAGACAAAAAGUCGACUGUACGAAAAUGUCAGAGUAAGAAAGUGCAGUACAGUACAUCAAAAUUCGGAACUAUUGGCCUUCCAUAAUAUGGUUAAAAAACUUCGAUCUGAAUUUCCAUGUGAUGAUCCAUAUACAAAUGUCGGUUUAGUCAUCAGUCCAACUCUGGAAAGUACGUAUGCAGAAAGAACCAGCAUAAAAUUGGUUGUUCACUCUAAAAAGGAUGAAAAUCCUGUAACCUUUACUUGUGAUGUAAACUCCACUGUGGAACAUGUAAUUUAUCAUGUUGUUUGUGAAUUGGAAGGUGACCUAACUGGUGAUGUCAAAGAUUAUGUUUUGAAAGUAUGGGGUCUAGCAGAAUACUUUACAUCUCAGACAAGCCUUUCAGAUUAUGAAUAUGUACAUCAAUGCAUAAAACUGGAACAAGAUGUUGUGCUCACCAUUUUGCAUGUUGAUCAGUUAACUAGGCCUCUAGCAAGGACACUGCAGGAUGACAAAAGGGAUACUAUUUUGACUCUGGAAGAGUUAGUUCCAAAUGAACCAUCACAUCCAAUAACUCAUGAUAAUUUAUUAAUAAUUUUACAGACAUUAGAACAAGAAAUGGAGAGAGUUCAUCAUGCUGCAUUGCAAAUGGCAGAGAAGAAUAAUCCAAGUGUUAUGCCUUCCUUACAAUCAAAAGGAGUUGUACAGGCUGUGAAAGCUGUAUGUACAUACUUAGGAAAUAUAGAAACACAAGAGAUAACAGAAGCUCUUGAAGGCUUCAAGUCAGCUUGCCUCCAGUUCAUACCAGUCACCCAGACAGAAGUAGAACGCUCAAGAUCAGGUAUUGCUGUGAAACACCCUGAAAUUCUUGAUGAUGAUGGUGAUUAUUCAAUAGUGACUCUGAGGAUGCAGAGUGCUUCUGACCAUGUUGAGAAUGUAGCUGAAAAUAUUACCCAUCACUGUGAUAAUAUUCGUGAUGCCAUUCAAGUGAUGGUGGAAACUUAUUGUCAUGCAUUUCAUGUUGACUUCCAGCUUAGCACCAAAGCUGAACUACCAUCCAAUACAAAGCACAGUUCUGAGAUAUUAGACUCAGUUCUAGUUCAUGUAGGUGGACUGCACCGCCUGAAUCAAGACUGGAAUUAUGACCAGUACCUUGUAGCAGCACAGAUAUACCACGGCACAAGACCUUUGGGACAGCCAGUUCUUACACAUCCUAUUGUUCGUUCCAUGGGCCUAUUCGAAAGAGUGCUUUUCGACUUUUGGCUAAAUUUCGAAGGAAUAAGUAUUUGCACGCUGCCUCUUGAAUCUCGUAUAGUCUUGGUUGUGUAUGGCCAGACUAUUUUGCCCCCUGAAAACCCAGAUGCAAAGGAUGCAUCACAAGAACCAAGACUGCAAAAAAUUGAACUCGGUUGGGCAGCUUUGCAGUUCUUCGACUGUGACAGGGUAAUGGUUCAGGGAAGCUUCCUUCUUUCAUUGUGGCCUGCAGUGGCGGACAAGAGACUGGGACCAGCACCUGCUGCAGGAACACGGCCACAUGCUGACACUGAACCUGUGUUGUGGAUCGAUGUACCAGAGUUUGGUGCCCGAAUAUUGUUUCCACGACUGGAGCCUCACAAAAUGUCUGUACCCAAAGGUGAUUUUGGUAGUUUGGAUCCAAAUACCCAAGAGCUAUUGAACAUGAUUGCUGAGCAAGACACAUUUACAAGAACACCUGUCGAGGAACGUGAAGUGCUGUGGGAGAAGCGUCACUACCUGUACUCAAAACCAAAAGCAUUGCCCAAGGUGCUUCUGGCUGCACACAGCUGGGAUUGGGCAUGUCUGGCAGAUUUGCAUGCCAUGAUACAUAAUUGGGCCAAAAUGGACCCCCUGAGUGCUCUGCAGCUACUUUUGCCUUGCUUCCCAGAUACAGAAGUGCGGCGUGUAGCUGUAACAUGGGUGGAAGACAUGGGUAGUGAUGAAUUGGUGGAUUUACUGCCACAGUUAGUCCAAGCACUAAAACACGAAACUUGGGAAGCUUCACCGCUCGCACAUUUCCUGCUAAAGAGGGCGCUUAUUUCACCACGUGUUGCACACCAUCUGUAUUGGCUUCUCACUCAAACUUUGCCAGGAGAAUCACCUCAGAACACUUCAGAAGCUAUUCACUAUGAUGAGAGGACAUUGAGUGAAGCCCGCUAUUACCGACGGUUGCAGUUGAUGCUUAGAGCACUGAUUGCUAUUUCUGGCAGUGCCCUGCGGCAGAGAUUUUUUUCACAACAGCUGCUUGUAAAAAAUAUGUAUGAAACAGCUGAGAAGGUGAAGAGUACAAAAGAAUCAUUGCGACUAAAGGUUCUAAUACAAGAACUUGAAGUGCUUCAUCAUAGUUUAAAUGAGAAUCCGACUUGCUUACCAUUGAGCCCUAGUUUAGAAGUUGGAGGUAUCCAGGUUCGCACAUGCUCUUAUUUCCCAUCCAAUACACUGCCUCUGAAGAUAAACUUCUUGAGCACAGAGUCUGGAAUUAUACCUGCUAUUUUCAAGGUUGGGGAUGACUUGCAGCAAGACAUGCUCACCAUUCAGAUGGUUCGUAUCAUGAACAAAUUGUGGCUAAAGGAAGGAUUGGAUCUGAAAAUGGUGACAUUCUCAUGUGUUCCUACAGGUCACAAGAGAGGUAUGAUAGAAAUGGUCACAAAUGCAGAAACUUUAAGAAAGAUACAAGUUGAACUUGGACUUACUGGAUCAUUCAAAGAUCGUCCUAUUGCUGAGUGGUUAGCCAAACAUAAUCCGUCAGCUUUUGAAUAUGAAAGAGCCGUUGCAAACUUUACAGCAUCCUGUGCUGGUUAUAGUGUUGCAACAUAUAUUCUGGGAAUAUGUGAUAGGCACAAUGACAACAUAAUGCUAAAAACAUCAGGACAUUUGUUUCAUAUUGACUUUGGAAAAUUUCUUGGUGAUGCACAAAUGUUUGGAAACUUUAAGCGGGAUCGAACUCCUUUUGUUCUCACGUCAGAUAUGGCAUAUGUUAUUAACGGUGGUGACAAGCCUACAGCAAAAUUCCACCACUUCGUUGAUCUGUGUUGCCAGGCAUUUAACAUUGUACGAAAACAUGGAAAUCUUAUUCUCGAUCUCUUUGGAUUGAUGGUGUCCUCUGGAAUACCAGGUGUAACGAAGGAGGCAGUAGAAUAUGUGCAACGGGCACUUCUGCCUAACUUGUCGAAUCCUGAAGCAGCUGCAACGUUUGCAAGAAUGAUUGAAAGUUCUUUGAAGUCUUGGUUCACGCAGUUCAAUUUCUUUCUCCAUAAUUUAGCACAGUUGAGAUUUACUGGUGAUCAUAAUGAUGGUGAACUGCUCAGUUUUAUUCCCAGGACCUACACGAUGCAGCAGGAAGGACGAAUUAAAAGUGUGCAUGUAUAUGGUUACCAGAAACGUUAUGACCCAGAAAAAUAUUAUGUAUAUAUAUUAAGAGUGGAGAGAAUCAAUCAGCCAGAUCCUACUUUCUUGUUCCGGUCAUAUAAAGAGUUCUGUGAGCUUCAUCAGAAGCUUUGCAUCCUUUUCCCUCUGGCCAAAUGCUACAGUUUGCCAACAGGAUUAUCAAUGGGUCGAUCAAAUAUAAAACAAGUAGCUGAAAAGCGGCGAGUAGAUAUUGAGCGCUUCCUGAAGUCUUUAUUUGAGAUGGCCGAUGAAAUAUCUCAUUCUGAUUUGGUUUAUACUUUUUUUCACCCUCUCCUGAGAGAUCAACAAGAGGCAGAUAUACGUGCAAGGAAAGUGAAAGCAGAGCCAAAAAUACGCCGAGAAGAUCGUGGUGAAACUGGGAGAGUCCGAGGCCAGUUGAAACUCUCCCUGCAUUAUCAGCGUGGUGUUUUUAUGGUGAUGGUUUAUCAUGCCAGAGAUUUGCCUUUGGUCGCAGGAGGGCAGGAACCUUCUACUUACGUCAAAGUGUAUUUACUUCCUGAUCACAAUAAGGCUACAAAAAGGAAAACAAAAGUUGUUAGGCGAACAUGUCAUCCAUCAUUUAUGGAAAUGUUGGAGUAUCGAAUGCAACUGGAUAUUGUGAAAUCUCGAAAGUUACAAGCAACAAUUUGGAAUCACGACACCCUCCAGGAAAAUGAGUUUCUUGGAGGUUUCACAUUACCACUAAAUGCAAUUGAUUUGUCUCAGGAAACAAUAGAAUGGUAUACUCUUACUAAUAUCAGCAGAUGAAGGCUGCUGGAGUGUAGACGUCUAUCUUUUAGAGAUCAUUACGUGUCCAAAGAAUUUUUAAUGUGUAGAAUCACUCAGAAAAAUUUAGCUUUUGUAUACAACUGUUUGUGGCUUUGAGUGAUUUGUGAGAAAAUAUUUUUUCUCAUUUUUAAGACUUUUGUGCUGCAUCAAUGAAAUGAAACUGUAUGUAUGGUGUAUAGUGACUUGUAUAAAGUUAGGUGGUAACUUACAAACCCAUGUUCCAAUCAAACCAAAAAUUCCCUUGCAUUCAUUCUUUAUACCUCCUCUACCACAACCUUGCCACUGUAACAUAUGAAAUUGAUAGUCAUAUUUAUUUAUCAAUUAUUUAUUCGUAAAUGAUGUAACAUAAUAUUUGCCAAAAUGCUUUUAUAAUAAUGAA